AUGCAUGAGGAGGAGGCCAGGGAGAAGUUUCGCCAGCCGGAGAAUCUCUUAUUAGACACCAGGCACAACAUCAAAAUUACGGAUUUUGGACUCAGUGCCCAAUUCACGCUGGGCACACCACUACAAACCUGUUGCGGGACCAUUUUCUAUGUAGCUCCAGAAAUCUUGGAGGGGAAGAAAUAUCACGGCCCUAAUGCCGACGUUUGGAGCCUAGGGGUGGUGCUUUAUGUAUUUGUGACCGGCGCCCUUCCUUUUAAUGGGGACAGUCCGAAGGAGAUAAUAAGGAAGGUGAGAACGGGAAAAUACAGCGUCCCCUCCUGUAUCUCCAAAGAAUGCAAGAACCUCCUGAAGGGCUUACUUGUGGUGAACCCACAUGGAAGACGCUCGCUCCAGAAAAUCAUGGAUGAUGAAUGGGUGAACUUAGAACACACGGAGAAACUGACACCCUACGUAGAAGAAACCAUCACCCGAGAUGAGAAACGCAUUGAGAUUCUGCUGAGGAUGGGGUACGAGGAAGAAGAUAUUGAAGAGUCACUUAAACAGCAACAACCGGACGAAAUAAAUGCCACCUAUAGAUUGCUAGAGGAAAAAUCUGAUGAGGUAGGAGUGAUCAGAGAGGAAGAGUUGAAAUGCCCUUUAUGUCAAUGAUCAGUUUAUGUAAACUAGUUCCUUAGUUUUUAUUUUUUAGAUAUGUAUAACAUAUUUCAUUUUAUAUGUAUAUGUAUGUUUGUAUGAUAUGUAUAUAUGAUAUGUAUAACAUAUGUAAUAUAUCAUUUUCUAAAUUUACCUGCAAAUACCAAAUCUAACUCCUAUGACCAUUAUAAGCCAAUAUUUGAACUUCAAGAUAAUCACCCUCAAUAAGUAAACAGAACACUUAGAGUUAUUUGAAAAAGCCUGGAAAGAAGAACAUAGAUAAGUAACCUUUUGUGACUUUUUCCAGCAGUAAAAAAAAUAAUUUUGCCUGA